AAAUAAACCGGCCACCUUCAAAAAAGUUCAAAACAUCAAAAAACUUCGCUACUCCGUUUGAAAUUUCUUUCAAGUUGUUGGGGCUCACAAACCUCAACAGAGACAACCAAAACCACAACUAAUCAAUCAACUAAACACCUUCUGCCAACCAUGAUGAUGAUGAAACUGAUCGUUCUUCUUUUUGCCACCUUCUUUGUCAGUGCCGAGUCACUCGCCUUUGUGACAUUUAUCAUGCGACCGAUUGUGAACCCAGUGGCAGCUAUGAAGAGCAUGCGCCAACGAGUGCCAGCAUUGGUCGAGAAGCAAGCCACCAAGGCCACGUUCCUUUCCAACACAGUACAAGCCAAUGACGAGUCCUUGAUCAACAAACCAAAAGCUGUCGAUGUUCCCGCCUUUGGAAGCGACGAGACCAUCGGAGCAUACCGAUCUGAGAUGUUGGACCUGGUCUAUGCCCGAUCAUUGGACCGAAUGGAGACUUUCUCUGACCAAUAGGAAGUCUGCUGUGCGAUGAAUCAAGAGGCAACCAGCUCCCGCUAAAUCACCAAAGGAUGACAUUCAUACUUUCAUAUACAGCAUUGCUGAAGAUAGAGCACCAAGAAAUCUCGCCGAACGAGAAACAAACCAGAAGACAUAAAAAUAUACUAUUAAUAUAGACAAACCGUUAGACGUC